AGUCUCGCUCUGUUGCCCAGGCUGGAGUCCAGUGGCUUGUUCUCAGCUCACUGAAACCUCCACCUCCCGGGUUCAUGCAAUUCUCCUGCCUCAGCCUCCCAAGUAGCUGGGACUAUAGGUGUGUGCCACCACACCCGGCUAAUUUUUGCUUUUUUUUUUUUUUUUUUUUUUUAGCGGAGACAGGAUUUCACCAUGUUGGCCAGGCUGUUCUUGAACUCCUGGCCUCAGAUGAUCUGCCCACCUUGGCCUCCCAAAGUGCUGGGAUUACAGGCGUGAGCCACCACGCCUGGCCUUGCCUAAGCCUCUUAUAUUUUAAACACUAAGAUUAUUAUGAUCAUUCCCACUUAGCAACGAAUCCAGGACUCAGGAAAAAUGACUUGUGCGUGAGGCCAGAUUGUGCCUCUGAGGUUCUGUAUCAGCCACAGCACCCAACGGGCAGUUGAUUAACUUGCGUGGGGAGAGGCUUCCCUUCUCCCAUUGGGUCUUUCUGUGUAGCUCAGGUGGCCAAGCAUCACUGCACGUGCCAGCUCCCCAAGCAGCUGGCAAGGGGGCCUGGAUACUUAGCUGUAACUUGCAAAUCAUAUCCCUAGCGGGCCCAACACAAAUCCUGGAGAAUCAGAGCUGGGGUGGCCUUGGAACCUGGCAAGUCCAGCUUCAUCUUCACAGGGCUAGGGAAACAGGGCCCAGGGAGGUCGCCCUGCCAGGGCCACACAGGGAGGAGGUGUGUGGCUCCAUGUGGCCUCAGGCCUGAAUUCUAUUAUUAUUAUUAUUAUUAUUAUUAUUUUUUUUUUUUUUUUUGAGAUGGAGUCUUGCUCUGUCGCCCAGGCUGGAGUGCAGUGGCGUAAUCUCGGCUCACUGCAACCUCUGCCUCCCAGGUUCUAAGCGAUUCUCCUGCCUCAGCCUCCUGAGUAGCUGGGACUACAGGUGUGUGCCACCAGGCCCAGCUAAUUUUUUGUAUUUUUAGUAGAGACGGGGUUUCACCGUGUUAGCCAGGAUGGUCUCAAUCUCCUGACCUCAUGAUCCGCCCACCUCAGCCUCCAAAAGUGCUGGGAUUACAGGCGUGAGCCACCUUGCUUGGCCAUCUUUUUUUUGAGACGGAGUCUCUCUCUGUCACCCGGGCUGGAGUGCAGUGGCGUGAUCUCGGUUCAGUGCAAGCUCCAUCUCCGGGUUCACACCAUUCUCCUGCCUCAGCCUCCCCGGUAGCUGGGAUUACAGGCGCCCACCACCACGCCUGGCUAAUUUUUUUUUUUAAGAGGCGGGGUCUUGCUUUGUCACCCAGGGAGUGCAGUGGCAGGAUCACAGCUCACUACCGCCUGGAAUUCCUGGGCUCAAGGGUUCCUCCUGCCUCAGCCUCCUGAGUAGCUGGGACUACAGGUGUGCACCACUGCACCUGGCUAAUCUUUUUAUUUUUUGGAGAUGGAGUCUAGCCAUCUUGCCCAGGUUGGUCUUGAACUCUCAGGCCUGAAUUCUACCACAUGCUGGCUGUAUGAGCCUGGACUACUCUAUUGUCCUCUCUGGGCAUUACCUCAGGGUUGGGCAAACCAGGGAGGUGAUGGUGUGAAGGGACCAGGUUUCAGUCCUGGGCCUUUGCAGAUAUUCAUUCACACCUAUUGUGUGACUUCAGGCAAGUGAUGCCCCUCUCUGGGUCUCUACCUCCCCUUGGGGAAAGUGAGGAGGCAGGACCUGAUGGCCUCUAAAGGCCUUUCCUGCAGUUCCCUGUGUGACCCCAGCCAGCUGGGAGACGCUGAAUCAGAGCGAGACCCCAGUGCUGGCUACAGGCCUGACCCCUCCUGGACAGACAGCAGUUCUAACCUCCCAGGUGCUCACUGACCUCUACAGAGUAUACCACUUGAUUCCACCAAAACCCUGCGAGGCAGGUAUUGUUCUGAUCCUUUAGAUGGGAAAGUGGAGACCGAGAGAGAUGGAGUGGCUCACCCCAGGUCACACAGCCUGAGAAAACAGAGAUGGGACUUAAACCCAAGCUUGACUCCCAAUCCAGUGCUCCUUUCCCUGUUUGCCACACCCCGCCUUUGGGCCCAAAAUCACGUGGCUGAGAUCCCCUCUGCUCUCUUCCCAUUCGCUUAGCAUCUGUACUGUCUCUGCCAACAGGCCCAAGGAAGCAGCUGGAGAGGAGGAAGAAUUAGAGACAGGGCCAGGAGGUACUGAACUACGUUUUGGCUUGGAACUUGGUUUGGACAGUGACAAGCUGGGUGAUGGCAUCAGAGACUCUGCCCAUCCACCCUUCCCCAGUGCCUGCUCCCUGCCAUCUUGAGAUGGGUGGCCUCAAGCACCCAGAGCUGACUCAGCCUCUCCCUGUCUGGUGGAGAGACAGCAAGGAAAUACAACCCAUUACACACAGGGGUGGGGGUGCUUAACAAGUCCUAGGGAUCAGGGAGGGCUUCCUGGAGGAGGAGAUGUCUACACCCAGGGCAGAAGGAUGAGUAGGAGUCAGCCAAACAAAGUAGAGGGGAGUGAGGGGAGAGAAAUGUCACAGGGUGGGAGGUGGCUCAGAGGCAAGAAAGCGCGGGUAGGAGGAAGUGAAAGAAAUUCUGUGUGGCUGGAGCACAGUAGAGGUGGCAGUGGUGGGAAAUGGGUGUGGGGCUGGACACACAGGGCCUGGGGUGCUGUGAGGGUGGGUCUGGACUCUGUUCUUAGGAUAGUAGGGAACCAUGGAAGGUUUUUUUUGUUUGUUUUUGAGACGGGGUAUCAUUCUGUCACCCAGGCUGGAGUGCAGCGGCGCGAUCUCGGCUCACUGCAUGCUCCGCCUCCCAGGUUCAUGCCAUUCUCCUGCCUCAGCCUCCCGACUAUUCAGGAGGCUGAGGCAGAGCGAAUCGCUUGAACCCAGGAGGCGGAAGUUGCAGUGAGGUGAGAUCCUGUCACUGCACUCCAGCCUGGGCGACAGAGCGAGGCUCCAUCUCAAAAAAAAAAAAAAAGAAAAAGAAAAAAAAAAGGGCCUGCUUUGAAGGCUAGGAUGAGUGAGGUUGACACGUAAACGUCUCCAGAUAGUGUCUGAAAGGUCAGGGUAGCCAGCAGAUCUCAUAUGACUUUUCCAGGUAGGAUGAGAAGUGCACAGAGGCCCCCAAGGAGAGCUAGGUGGGCAGCCAGGGCCUGAGCCCCCUAGAUUUGGAGUGCUAGGCAGGGAAACUGAGGCCAGAGCCCAGGCUAAGCCGGCAUGUUCAGCAGUGGGGGUUGCAGCUCAGGGGUCACCCCAUGAAGCCACUGGUCUUCACCGUGGAUCCGCACAGGGGUCUAAAGCUGCCUGGGUCCUGACCUGGCACUCUGGGUCCACCCAGCUACCCCCAGCGAAACCUGGGUGACUCCUAAGACUCUCCUGCUUAAGGGCCACAGUGGCUGCCCCUGUCAGGGGAUCUCUGCAAGGGCCAACUUCCUUCUGUCCCACUCCUUCCUUCCCUCUGAGCUGCCAGACCCCCUGACUGUGUGGGCCGGGAGGGGCUGGGGAGUUUCCUGAGAAGCCCUGGACUGUCCCCACCUCAGCCUGAGUCACACUGAGAACUCAGCAAGGAUUCCUUGAGCAUCUGUGAGGUGCCAGGCGCUGUUCUCGGCAUGGGGGAGGCCACGGUGAAUUAGGUAUAAGUUCUGCCCUCAUGGAGCUGGCAUUCUAAUCGGGGGGCUGGGAGGGACAGACACUGAACAAAUACCCAUCAUAUAUGUGAGUGAUGAUAAUUACACAUGGGGAAACCUGAGGUGGGGAAGGGACAUGGGGAGUGUGUGUGUGUGUGUGUGUGUGUGUGUGUGUGUGUGUGUGUGUGUGUGUGUGUGUGUGUGUGUGUGUAUCAGGGGUUGCAAAUUCUAAAUUGAGUGAACAUGAGAUUUGAAGAGACCUCAGGAGGUGAUGGACCUCAGGAGGAUAGUUGUUGAAGGAGCAUGUGGCUGUCAGGCCUGUGGGAAGGGGGAUUAGGCGAUGAGAAGCCCUCACUGGUCUAGGGAUGGCUGCCCGAUCUGCCUAGGGCAUGCUGAGUUAGUAUGGGGCAGCCCCUAGGCGGUUGGGAAAACUUUCCCAAAACAGAGGUCUAGAUGAAGGAGGCCUGGGGAGAGAGGGGACUGGCUGAUGUUGUAUCGUACAGGGUGCCGGAUGGGCUUUGUGAAAAGGCAUUUACUGGUGCACAUAUGCUGUGUGUACUUUUCUGUGUGUAGGUUAUACUUUAAGAAAAGUUCUGAAAAAUUGGCCGGGCACAGUGGCUCACACCUGUCCAGCACUUUGGGAGGCCGAGGUCUGCAGCCCAGAGGGCACCUUCUGCAAACAUGUCUGUGGAUCCCCUAUCCAGCAAAGCUCUAAAGAUCAAGCGAGAGCUGAGCGAGAACACGCCGCACCUGUCGGACGAGGCGCUGAUGGGGCUGUCGGUGCGCGAGCUGAACCGGCAUCUGCGCGGGCUCUCCGCCGAGGAGGUGACACGGCUCAAGCAGCGGCGCCGCACACUGAAAAACCGUGGCUACGCCGCCAGCUGCCGCGUGAAGCGCGUGUGCCAGAAGGAGGAGCUGCAGAAGCAGAAGUCGGAGCUGGAGCGCGAGGUGGACAAGCUGGCGCGCGAGAACGCCGCCAUGCGCCUGGAGCUCGACGCGCUGCGCGGCAAGUGCGAGGCGCUGCAGGGCUUCGCGCGCUCUGUGGCCGCCGCCCGCGGGCCCGCCACGCUUGUCGCGCCGGCCAGCGUCAUCACCAUCGUCAAGUCCACCCAGGGCUCGGGGUCUGGCCCCGCCCCCGGCCCGGACCCCGCCCACGGCCCGGCCUCCUGCUCCUAGUGCCCGCCCCCGCCAUGCCUCAGCCACGCCCCUCCGGCCCCAGCUCCCUCCCCAAAGUGCCUGAGCGCCGCCUCUGUGCCCAGGUCCCAUUUCUCUGCAGCACUGGCCCCUUGGUGCACACACAUUCCCUCCGUGGGCCCUGUCUUCCUCUUGCAGCCCCCAAAACUGGGACCGAAUGACUCUGGGAAGGGGAACUUUGGUAGGUUGGGGAUGGGGCAGAGGUCUGUAUCUGGGAUCGCCCUUGGCUGAAAGUUUAGCCUUUUUAGAUUGAGAGAUACAGAGCCGGCUUAGAGAACAGCUGUUGGGGGAGAAGAGGGCACCCCUCAUCUUGGAAACUGCUCUGAUUGUGCCAAUAUGCCCUCCAAACCCUCCCAGGAUUCAGAGCUAGGUUUGGCUGUCUGUGACUUACGGGGCCGUCCUGCUGAGAAAUUGCACUGAAGAGAUGCCCCCGCCUCUGGUUGGGCCUGGGGGUGCCUGGCCUUCUGAAACUAAAAGAGUGGGUGAGAAGACUAGUGAAACCCAGUUCACAGAUGGGGAAACAGGCCUGAGGUCACAUUUCACUUAGUGGUUGUGUUGGGACCAAAACCCGGGUUUCCUCACUGCUGCCCUAAUAUUCCAGCCAUGGUUUUCAGGGGCACAGUGGACAGGGACUCAGAGACGUGGUGGGAGGGCCUCCCUGGCCUGGGAGACCGCUGUCUGCAAGGGAGGAGGAGAGAAGCAGAGGGAGAGAGAAGGUGACAUGGAUGGAAGAGUGGGAAGGAGGUGGCCUGGCUCAGCCCUAGGCUGUCCUGCAGCCAGGAUGUCCGGGGGCUGGCCAGUCAGAGAAAGGGGGCCAUGGACUGCUGUGGCAAAUAGGGAGACAAGGAGACAAACCCUGCAGUCCUACUACAGUCUGGAGUGGGGUCCUAAGAAGAAGGGUCCCACCUCAACCCCUGUCAGUGUCCACUGUGGGGUGGGGGCUGACCCCUGCCUUUGAUUGUCAUUCUCCUGGGAAGCCCAGCCUCAGUCCCUCCCCGAACACUGUCCACACUGCCCCUCCCCACUGUUUAUUUAUUGCACGGAUCUAAGUUAUUCUCUCCAGCCAGAGCCCGAGCUCCUGCUCCCUGGGAAAAGUGGCGUAUGGCCCUGAGCUGGACUUUAUAUUUUAUAUCUGCAAAUAAAUCACAUUUUAUCUUAUAUUUAGGGAAAGCCGGAGAGCAACAACAAAAAAUGUUUAAGCCGGGUGCAGUGGCUCACAUCUGUAAUCCCAGCACUUUGGGAGUCCAAGGAGGGGGAUCGCUUGAGUCCAGGAGUUUGAGACCAGCCUGGACAACAUGGUGAAACCCCAUCUCUACAAAAAAUACAAAAAUUAGCCAUGCGUGGUGGCUCAUGCCUGUAGUCCCAGCUACUUGGGAGGCUGAGGCAGGAGGAUCACUUAAGCCCAGAAGGCAGAGGUUAUAGUGAGCUGAGAUCGCACCACUGCACUCCAGUCUGGGCAACACAGCAAAGUCCUGUCUCAAAAAAAAAGUUAAAAAAUAUUGCCCGGCUCCUAGAAGUUAUUUAUUUCCUGACUUACAGCAAGCGAGUUAUUGCCUUCUGUAUUUUGUAGACUUUCUAAAUAAAGUCAAAUUCUUUUUCCACAGAGAA